CAUUUUGACAAGUCAACCCCACUUCCUGUUUGUUUUGUCAGGGUUUUUGAUAAUAAUAAUAAUGAUCGAGCAUGAAAUAAAUCGGAAGGAAGGGAGAAAGAAAUUGGCACCGUCAUUGGGUUAAUGCACGUGUAUUAUGUCGCCCGUAAGAUGAAACCCGUGCUAGUGCCUGUGCGGUAUCACUAUGAAAUGCAAACCCCACGGGGUGCUGCAGGCACAGCUGUUUCUGUAUGUGCCGCUUGCACUGCAGCUGUUUCUGUAUGUGCAGUGCCGCUUGCACUGCAGCUGUGGCAGUGAAUGGUUGACAAGAUGGUGGCGUUCUUAACUGUUGUGUGUACUGUACAUCUAAAUACGCGUUGCUUAGUAACAGUGUUAAAAUCUCGCACGUUUUGAUAUAGCAGGCUAUGCACACACGGUUCCUGUUGCAGUGCAUCCAUCUGCAUCCACAGAAACAGUAGAAGUAAUUGCAUUGUUUUUUUGGUUUCGCAGGUAUUUUUUUUGCGGCGCUUCUUGAUGACGCAACUGCCGGUUUAAUGGAGGUCCUACUGUGCAGAGAUAAAACAGUAUCAAAUUUUUGGAUUUUAGACCAAUUUCAUAUUAAUUAGUCAGAGCGGUGCGUAAGCUGUUUUGGUUUUAUAUGUGUAGAUCAAACAAAUGUUUUCUUUGAGUAAUCGCGUCAUUCGUCAAGUAUAUCAAUGCAACACGACGGGACGAUAAUAAAUAUAAAAAGUAGUCUUUUGUUUAUGGACCGUAAAUACGUGGUGUAUUUUCCAGCUUGGUGAACUAUUUAAUUGAGAAAAAAAUCUAUGUUCUUUGCAAGAAAAAAUAGAGCACUGAGUGAACAAGUAUUAUUGUUGACAUUGUAUUCCAGCCACCUGUGCUAUGGUAUUAAACCGUGACAGAUCAUGACAUUCUGCUGUAUGGUACAUCAUCUUAUUUUGAAUUUUUACUACAAGCCCCCCUGCUCUGUGCAGCUAAGCUACGUCCUAUGUACUUGGAAAUAUUCCAAACUGCAUCAAUGAUCUGGGACCAUUAGCAAUGCACAGAGGUUUAAUAAGUGUUUAUAAUGUAGAACUACAGUACCAGUAUUUAAUACACUUGCUAACUGAACCCACCUGCUUUCUGCAUAAUUAGUGUGAGGGCGAUAUAGACUUAUAUCAUUGUUAUAACUGAACCCACAUGCUUUCUGAGUAGUUAGUGUGAGGACGAUAUAAACUUAUAUCAUUGUUAUAACUGAACCCACCUGCUUUCUGCAUAGUUAGUGUGAGGGUGAUAUAGACUUAUAUCAUUGUUAUAACUGAACCCACAUGCUUUCUGCGUAGUUAGUGUCUUUGCGAUUAUAGACUUAUCUCAUUGUUAUGGCUGAACCACGGAGGGUGCAGUUGACCACGCUCUCUGGCAGUGAAACCUGCCUUCCCACAAGUUUACUGAAGAAACCACAGAAUGAAGGAGCAGUCGUUACCCCUGUGGACCCAGAAAGGACUGACAGAGACCCAACGGCACGGCUGGUACUCGCUCUCUUUCAACCAGACCAAAGACACUGUCCAGAAUUUAACUAUCCUGAACUGGUAAAGAAAACAAAGAAGGAUUCUGUGAACGAAUCUCAGGAACCUUUUGAGGAAGAUGAAGAUGAGGGGAAACAGAGACUGGAGCUUGAAGUGCUUGCUGAAAAGUUUGAAGAAAGAUACGGCCCGAAGAAGCGUAAAAAGGACCGUAUGCAGGACUUAAUUGAUAUGGGCUAUGGAUAUGAUGACACAGAUCCAUUUAUUGACAACUCAGAGGCUUAUGAUGAGCUUGUGCCGGCUUCGCUCACAACAAAAUACGGGGGAUUUUACAUCAAUUCUGGAACGCUGCAAUUCAGGCAGGCAUCAGACUCUGAACCAGACGACGGUUUAACCAGGGAGAAAAAGAGGCUGAAGUCUCCAAAGAAACGAAAAUUAAAGGAUGGAAGUGAAAAGCUCAUGAAAAAGAAGAAGAAAGAAGCAGGUCAGCAUAAACAAUCCCGGAUUGCUAAAGCUGAAAUUAUGCCACUUAAUCCCAGUAAAGAAGAAAAGAAGAAAAAGAAAAAGUUCACUGGAGUGCUGAGUGUGAAAGAAAUGUUGCAGAAGUUCCAGAAGGAGAAGGAAGCCUUUGAAAAGGAGGAUGGGAAGCCUCUGUCCAGCCUCCAGCCUGUGGCUGUGCCAGCUCGGGCGGUGGACAGCAGCCUCAGUGUGUCUGAUCCUCUGCUCUCUCUUAUUGGCUGUGCUAACGAAAGUGAUCUACUGCAUGCAGCUAGCACUAUCGACUUGGGUGACAUCGAUCUGGAGAAACUUCUUUAUGACUCUCCAGCUGCAAGCCCCCUUGACCUGGACGAGGGUAGCGACCCUCUCACAGGAGGUCCGGGUCAGGCUCUCAAACAGAGCCCUGUGCUGCCUGAAGGUUUGCCAGGCCCUUUGGAGAGGCGCAUCAAAGAACUCACUCAGGCUGCCAAAGCAUCUGAGGGAGAGGGAAAACAGAAGUUUUUUACGCAAGAUAUCAACAGUAUGCUUUUAGAUGUUGAGCUUCAGUCCAGAGAAUUGCAUAACCUGACACGUUCUGCCGUUUAUGCACAUCUGGCCUCUUUUCUUCCCUGCAGUAAGGACACUCUAAUAAAAAGGGCAAAGAAGUUGCAUUUACAUGAGCAGGACGGGCGUCUUAAAGAACCACUGUACAAACUAAAAGCAGCUAUUGGUAGAGUCAUGCCCAGCCAGAGCGCCAAGUACCAAGACGACUGCCAAGCGCACACCCAGGCAAAGUUUGCCAAAAUGCUGGAAGAAGGGAAAGAGAAGGAACGCUCUGACGAGGAGGAGGAGGAGGAGGGGGAUGAAGAGAAGAGUGGGAAGCGGGUGAUGAGUCCUCGGAAGAAGUUCCAGUGGAACGACGAGAUCAGGGAAUUUCUUUGCAACGUUGUAAGAAUAAAAAUGGGCAGUUAUGAGCUGGAGAGGAACAAGUCCCAAUCUGCAGAAGAAUAUCUAAAGGCUUUCCUGGAAACGGAGGUCAAGCCACUGUGGCCUAAGGGGUGGAUGCAGGCAAGGAUGCUGUUUAAGGAAAGCAGGCGGGUACAUAGCUACAUCACUUCCAUACCGACCAAAAAGAAGGUCAUCAAUCCCCCAAAAAUAAAAAUGAAGGAUCCAUUUGUGAAACUAAUGGGUUCGAUGAGCACCUCUCAGCUGCAUUCGGGAGGCCCAGCAGUCCUGGCACAGUGCCCUGGUAGUAAUGCACUGAGCCCCGUGGGUUUCUUCAUACCAGCCAGCGCCACUGCACACAGCUCCAGCAUCCCCAGCGCCCCGCACUCCUUCACUAGGGAUGAUUCUCUGGAUGAAGAUUUGAUCCACAACCCUCCGUCGCUGGAAGGCGUUUCUGAGGAACUGGCUGCCCUGAACAGCGCUGCAAGGGGAAGUCCUGAUUUUUGUUUCUCUGCUGUCCAUAAUCCAACUUCUGCUAGCCUGCCAGUAUUAACAUCAUCUGAUGAGAAGAAGAAUUUUCCCAAACCAGUUCAUGCCACAUCUGUCGCUACUUCUGCUGCAUCAUCACAGUCACCCCUAAAUCUUUUAGCAGAACAGGCAUUAGCGCUUGGACAGCUUUCACAAGAGAGGAAAUCUCAAAACUGUUCCACUGCUCUUUUGACUGGAUACAAAGGGCUUCUGUCGCAGACUUCUGCAUGUAACAAAGUCCUGUCUGACAGUCUGCAGACCAAGCACAAGAACCUCAGCUUACUGCGAACAACUUCCAGCUCUGUGCAGAGCCUCAAGCCUUUUCACCAGACCAGCCAAUCACAAAAAAGCUUUCCUUUGUCCGCGCAGUUCAACAUCAGCCAACUGCAAAGCCCGUCUCAGUCUAAAGCAUCGAAGCUGCUUCAGCAGUGUGCCAGCAUGCAGCAAUCAAAAACAGCUGCAAAGACACAGACUUUUCAUCCUCCCCACUCAUCUCUACCCAGUGCUGUUCAAGCUUCCCCUGUUACUAUGUCUAAAAUUCUUUCUUCAACAGGAUCUUGUGUCAGUUAUAUGUCCAGCACUUCCAGCCAGGUGUACAAGCCGACUUUUUCAUUGCCUUCAAUGACAAAGUCCAGUGUUCUUUCAAGUAGCUCAGCACACAGUGCCCCUGUCAGCACUGGCGUUUUAAUCAAUAGGAAGUCGCCUUCUCCAAACCAAACCUCCAGCUUGCAGUCUCAGAGCUCCACCAUUAAGAAGCCCGUUGUUUCUCAGAAACUCACCCUGGUUGCUCCUCCGGGAGGUUCCAGCGGAGACUCCACUAUGGGCACACAAGGUGUGGCAAGGCUUUUGACAUCGUCCCUCAAACCAGUAGUGGAUACCAGCUGUUCAGCAUCUGCUCCUGCAAGUUCGACGCUGGCACCUGGAACCCUGAGCAUCUUGCCCGGCAUUGUCCCAGUGCACACCUUCAGCUUCCCCGUCCUCUCGUUCGGCUCAGACUCUAAAGCAGGAGGGACUAAAGAUGCAGUCGUGACGGGGCCUGCGCCAGGAACGUUCCAUCAUGGCCUCGCCCACAGUAUUUUUGCUGGGUUGCACGCUAGCGCCCACCACACAACACAGCUCCCACAGCCCACUCAGUCUACCCACUUACAGCAAAGUCUGCAAGAUGGCAGUCAAAUCCAUGGAGGGAGCUCAAAUGCACAGCGAAAACUGCAGUGAUGCUUCUUCCAGAAUGAACACGGAUUCUGGUAACUGUAGCACGAACGAUUACAUUAACGUUUGGAGGGUAUUAUAAACGAAUGGUUUUAUAUGCUCCUGCAUUAAAAUGACUAUCAGCUAACAUUGUGGAAUACUUUAUUUUCACUUUAAUCUUCAACUUAUCUCUCAAAACAGACAGGAGAGUAAACGUGAGCCUUGUUCUUACUGCAGGAAAUAUUAGACACUAAAACUGUUGUGCUUUUUAAAAUGUUCUCUAUGUAUAUUACAAGGACCAAGAUAUUGUAAGGCUGCUUCUGAUGAGAAUAAAUUGAUCAAUAACCUUUGAAGAUCUAUAAUAAAUGGAGUGUCAGAUAGUUUAAGAGAAUAAUAUGUGGUGUUUCAUGGUACAGCUAUGGUCACAAGUUUAGCAUCACCCUAUAGAAUUAACUCAUUGUAUUUCAUAAGGUCAAGUGAGUCCCGCUGAAUAAUAUUACGUUCACAUAUUGAAUUACACACCGCUUUGUAGUUUUCUGUAUAUAAUGGAAAACUGACAAUGUAAUACUGUACUACUAUAAUGGCUUCCGGGAGACUUUUGCAAUAUCAUCUUGUACUUUCUUUGAUUACAUGAUAAAUAAAAGAUCUAAAUGAUGUCUCAAUCCUAAAAUUCUAGGUGUUGCAAAACUUUUGGCCAUAGCAGUACCCUAUUCCCAUGAACACAGAGCAGGGUACCCUAUUCCCGUGAACACAGAGCAGAGUACCCACAAACAAAGGUCCCUAAGGUAGUGAUUAAGAUGCAUGGGCAAAGGCAUAAACCUAACAGUGAAGUGGAAUGGAAGUGCUGCAGAACACUGUGUACUGUAUCUUUAAUGAGUAAAGAAGCCCAGCACUGCUCUUGCAUACUGGCAGCAGCUCAGAGUAACUGAGAGGACCUUGCUGCUAAAUGUCUCUCUUCACAUCGAAGACACAGUACAGGAUCACUACACUGUAAGGCUUUACAUAUACGUUUGAUGUUUGAUGAUGAACUUGAAGGUCUUUUCAGUGGCUCUAUAACCUCCAGGAGAAUUCCACUUCUUCAUUUUUUGUUUGUGCUCUAACAGAAUAGAAUGGUAUAACCAAAAAUACCCGUAGAACAUCUGGAACACAGUCUUCACACAGAACGAUGCGAUUCCCUUUAAAAAACAAGGUGUGCUGAACCAUCUAGUGUGGGUUUAUCUUUGCACUGUAAAUGGGGGAGGAUAGAGUGAACGCACUCAUUUAAAGAGUUGCAGUGAGUUGUGAUUGCUUUGAGGGCAGCGGCAGCCUCUAAACAUGCGAGAGCCGCUUCUGCUGUUGUAAAAGCUCAGGACUUAAUGAAUUGUUGAUCAUUGUGAGCCAUUUACAAAGUAUGUAUAAACAGUUUGUAUAUAAAUGUGAGUGUGAAGAGAUGCCGGUUUGCCAUUAUAAAACAGCACUUGCAACAGCUACAUUGCAACGCUAAUGUUUAAUGGCAAAGCUGGGUUUCAAGGACUAUGAAAACUGUUUUGUUAAUCCUGUACAGUGUUAAAUGUUUUGUAUUAAAAAAUAAUAAUAAUAAUAAUUUUAAAAAAUGACAAGCUGCCAUCCGUCUAAGUCAUGGAAAGUGCUCCCUUUUGUAUUACAGUGGAUCCCUGUGCACUCGGAUGAGAUAAACACACAGAUCAAAUAAACACUGAAACUGCUGCUGCACCUGCUAAAGAUCUCAAUAAAGGAACCAAGGCACAGUUUACAACCACCACAAUAUUUUAUUGAAGUUGUGUACAAAUAAAACAAAAUAAAUCCCUUAAACAUUCCCUCUCCUUGUACAGAUAUUUUAAAAAAUAAAGGGAAAAUGCAACAUAAUGAAGGUAGAGUGUAUGCAUUAAGUAGCAAGACAUUGUACCAGACUAACAGAACUACAUGCAUAAAUACAUUGGCAAUUAAGGCAGUUUCUCUGCCUGUUGUCCCUAGUAGGUACGUUUGACUUCUUUUCCACUGUACACCUGAGCCACAAGGGCGGAGCCAGAGGUUAGGGUUGUGUUUUUUUAUUUUAUUUUCGUUCUUCAUAUAUUACAGAAUACAACUAAAAUGCAAUUACGCAAAGGGAAAGCAGUCAUUUGGAUGCUUCUCACAGACAGCAGUUAUUUGGAUCAGAAGAGCAAGAUA